UUCGUUGCUGCACGCGGGCCUUCUCUAGAUGCGGCGAGCAGGGGCUACUCUUUGUUGUGGUGCGCGGGCUUCUCGUUGCGGAGCACGGGCUCUAGGCACGCGGGCUUCAGUAGUUGUGGCGUGUGGGCUCUAGAACACAGGCUCAGUAGUUGUGGCUCACGGGCUUAGUUGCUCCGCAGCAUGUGGGAUCUUCCCGGACCAGGGCUUGAACCCGUGUCCCCUGCAUUGGCAGGCGGAUUCUUAACCACUGCGCCACCAGGGAAGCCCCCACCCUAGCUAUUUUUAAGGAUACAACUCUGCAGCGUUAAAUACGUUCAUCACGUUGUGCAGCCAUCCACCUCAUCCCCAGAACUUUUUCAUCUGCCCCAUUUCAGCUGAAACUGUCCCCGUUAAGCAACUCCCCACUCUCCGUGCCCCCCCAACCCUGGCACCCACCGUUCUACUCUGUUCCUCUGAAUCUGACUCCCCUGGUAAUCUCACGUGAGAGGAAUCAUCCAAUAUUUGUUCUUCCGUGACUGGUAUGUUUUAUUUAGCUAAUGUUUUCAAGAGUCAUUCGUUGGCCAAAUUACAUAAGGGUUGUAGCAGAGACAGAACUCACCAGGCGCGGCUGUUCUGGGAGGCCUACUCGAGUUCAGUGACAGGAAGAGCUUUUCAACAGGCCUGUCCUCUCACCCCUCAGCAGCUUUCCAUGCUCGCAGGACUCCUUGUCCCAUCCGUCUGGGAUGGGGCUCUCCUGGGGUGGCCUGUGGCGUGCUCCAGCUCCAGAAAUGGCCAGCUGAGGCUGUUGUAGAAGAGAUGCCCGUGCUGGGGGAGGUCAGCCGGGCUCUGGAUGGUCUCGCAAGCUGCAUUUCCCCCUAGGAUGCUGGGAUUCUGGGAGUGGGUCCCGUGUCUGUCGUGGAGUUUGCUCCGUGUUCUGGGCUGCAGCUGUGGAGGAGAGCCGCUUUCCCCUGGCCCCUUUGGUGGAAACCCUUCUUCCUCCUUCCUUCCCAGAGUUGUGGAGUCUUGGAGUCGAUGGGAACUGUGGAGGUGCUCCGGUCCAGCCUCCACCCCAGCCAGUGAGGGAAGCCCUUGCACGGCUCCCUCAGACCCUGCCCUCCCACCCUCUGCUUGGAACCACCAGGGAUGCGCUGCCUCCUGAGAGCCGCCUCCGCUGUUCCUUAGAGGGACGGGUCGCCGCCGCCACCACAGCCGCAUCUGUCAGCCGCAGUAACUCUGACCUUAUUCCUGCUUGGUGGAUCUUUCCCAGAUGUGAAGGUUGCUCCCUGGGCACUGCUCUGGUCAGACCAACAUCCAGUUGCCUGGGGACCCUGGUUCACUCCAGCACAGGCCCUUGCCUGGAGAGAGCCUGGCCCCUGCCCUACCUGCUUCCCUGGGCAAGGCUGCCAGGUGUUUGCAGAGUGAACACCAGGUACCCCCUCCCCUGCUCAUCCCCUCGACCUCUAGGACACGCCCAGCUCCACAAUGGCAGCAGAGACCCUCAACUUUGGGCCUGAGUGGCUGAGGGCCCUUUCUAGUGGUGGCAGUGUGGCCUCCCCACCCCCAUCCCCCGCCAUGCCCAAAUACAAGCUGGCCGACUAUCGCUAUGGGCGAGAGGAGAUGCUGGCCCUCUAUGUCAAGGAGAGCAAGGUCCCUGAUGAGCUGCAAGACAAGGAGUUUGCUGCGGUGCUGCAGGAGGAGCCGCUGCAGCCCCUGGCGCUGGAGCCUCUGACUGAGGAGGAGCAGAGAAACUUCUCCCUGUCAGUGAACAGUGUGGCUGUGCUGAGGCUGAUGGGGAAAGGGGCUGGUCCCCCGCUAGGUGGCGCCUCCCGUGGCAGGGGCAGCACGCGGAGCCGAGGCCGCGGCCGCGGUGACAGUUGCUUUUACCAAAGAAGCAUUGAAGAAGGCGAUGGGGCCUUUGGCCGAAACCCCCGGGAGAUCCAGCGUAGCCAGAGUUGGGAUGACAGAAGCGAGAGGCGGUUUGAGAAGUCGGCCAGGAGGGAUGGAGCGCGAUCCGGGUUUGAUGAGGGAGGGGCUGGCCCGAGGAAGGAGCACGCCCGCUCAGAUAGCGAGAACUGGCGUUCUCUCCGAGAGGAGCAAGAGGAAGAGGAGGAGGGCAGCUGGAGACUGGGGGCAGGACCCCGGCGAGAUGGCGACCGCUGGCGCUCUGCCAGCCCUGAUGGCGGCCCCCGCUCUGCUGGCUGGCGGGAACACGGGGACCGGCGUCGCAAGUUUGAAUUUGAUUUGCGAGGGGAUCGAGGAGGGUGUGGUGAAGAGGAGGGGAGGGGUGGGGGGGCCAGCUCGCACCUCCGGAGGUGCCGAGGGCCUGACGGCUUUGAUGACGACAAGGAUGGGCUCCCGGAGUGGUGUCUGGACGAUGAGGAUGAAGAAAUGGGCACCUUCGAUGCCUCCGGGGCCUUCUUGCCUCUCAAGAAGGGCCCCAAGGAGCCCAUUCCUGAGGAGCAGGAGCUCGACUUCCAGGGUCUGGAGGAAGAGGAGGAAGAGCCUUCCGAAGGGCUGGACGAGGAGGGGCCUGAGGCGGGUGGGAAGGAACUGACCCCACUGCCUCCUCAGGAGGAGAAGUCCAGCUCCCCGUCCCCGCUGCCCAGCUUGGGCCCACUCUGGGGAGGUAACGGGGAAGGCGAUGAUGCUGUGGAGAAAGACCAGCCGGCAGCUGAAGGAGACGACAUGAGGGCAAUGCAGCUGAGUCCUGGGGUGGGCUCACCCCCUGGCCCACCUGGAGAUCUGGAAGAUGAUGAAGGCUUGAAGCACCUGCAGCAGGAGGCGGAGAAGCUCGUGGCCUCCCUGCAGGACAGCUCCCUGGAGGAGGAGCAGUUCACAGCCGCCAUCCAGGCCCAGGGCCUGCGCCACUCUGCAGCUGCCACCGCCCUCCCCCUCAGCCAUGGCGCGGCCCGGAAGUGGUUCUACAAGGACCCGCAGGGGGAGAUCCAAGGCCCCUUCACUACACAGGAGAUGGCGGAGUGGUUCCAGGCGGGCUAUUUCUCCAUGGCCCUGCUUGUGAAGCGGGGCUGUGAUGAGGGCUUCCAGCCGUUGGGUGAGGUGAUCAAGAUGUGGGGUCGUGUGCCGUUUGCCCCUGGGCCCUCACCACCCCCACUGCUGGGAAACAUGGACCAGGAGCGGCUGAAGAAGCAGCAGGAGCUGGCGGCAGCCGCCUUGUACCAGCAGCUGCAGCACCAGCAGUUUCUGCAGCUGGUCGGCAGCCGCCAGCUCCCGCAGUGUGCGCUCCGGGAAAAGGCGGCUCUGGGGGACCUGCCGCCGCCGCCGCAGCAGCAGCUCACCGCGUUCCUGCAGCAGCUCCAAGCUCUCAAGCCCCCCAGGGGUGGGGACCAGAACUUGCUCCCGACGAUGAACCGGUCCUUGUCAGUGCCAGACUCGGGCCCCCUCUGGGACAUACAUACCUCAGCCUCAUCACAGUCAGGCGGUGAGGCCAGUCUUUGGGACAUACCAAUUAACUCUUCGACUCAGGGUCCAAUUCUAGAACAACUCCAGCUGCAGCAGAAAUUCCAGGAGCGCAGAGAAGUGGAGCUCAGGGCGAAGCGGGAGGAGGAGGAGCGCAAGCGCCGAGAGGAGAAGCGCCGCCAGCAGCAGCAGCAGCAGGAGGAGCAGAAGCGGCGGCAGGAGGAAGAGGAGCUGUUCCGGCGCAAGCAGGUGCGGCAGCAGGAGCUCCUGCUGAAGCUGCUCCAGCAGCAGCAGGCGGUGGCUGCCGUCCCCGUGCCUCCUGCGCCCAGCUCCCCGCCCCCGCUGUGGGCCGGCCUGGCCAAGCAGGGCCUGUCCAUGAAGACGCUGCUGGAGCUGCAGCUGGAGGCCGAGCGGCAGAUGCAUAAGCAGCCCCCGCCUCGGGAGCCUUCGCGGGCCCAGGCUCCCAACCACCGUGUGCAGCUCGGGGGCCUGGGCGCCGCCCCCCUGAACCAGUGGGUAUCUGAGGCUGGGCCGCUGUGGGGCGGGCCCGACAAGAGCGGGGGCAGCAGCGGCCUGGGGCUCUGGGAGGACACCCUCAAGAGCAGCGGAAGCCUGGCCCGCAGCCUGGGCCUGAAGAACAGCCGCAGCAGCCCCUCUCUCAGUGACUCGUACAGCCACCUGUCAGGGCGGCCCGUGCGCAAAAAGACGGAGGAGGAAGAGAAGCUGCUGAAGCUGCUCCAGGGCAUCCCCCGGCCCCAGGAUGGCUUCACCCAGUGGUGUGAGCAGAUGCUGCACACGCUGAGCGCCACGGGCAGCCUGGACGUGCCCAUGGCUGUAGCGAUCCUCAAGGAGGUGGAAUCCCCCUACGAUGUCCAUGACUAUAUCCGUUCCUGCCUGGGGGACACGCUGGAAGCCAAAGAAUUUGCCAAACAAUUCCUGGAGCGGAGGGCCAAGCAGAAGGCCAGCCAGCAGCGGCAGCAGCAGCAGGAGGCUUGGCUGAGCAGUGGCUCCCUGCAGACAGCCUUUCAGACCAACCACAGCACCAAACUUGGCUCGGGGGAGGGCAGCAAGGCCAAGAGGCGGGCACUGAUGCUGCACUCGGACCCCAGCAUCUUGGGGUACUCCCUGCAUGGACCUUCUGGUGAGAUCGAGAGCGUGGAUGACUACUGACCAGCCCAUCCCACCAGCACCCUGGGCUAUAGGCCAGGGGCAGCAGCAGCGGCUUGGACCCCUGGGUCCCCGGCCUGCAGGCUCCCCACGAGGAGCCUAGGAGGAAGCAGGGGCAGGGUCCCCAGCACUUGUUACAAACCACACGAUGCACCUUAACUCACCCACCACGAGGCACUUUACAGAUUGGGGGGAAGGGUUGUUUUGUUUUGUUUUGUUCUUGUUUUUAAUUUUAAACAACAUUGAAGAAAACAUUAGGAGAGACAAAAAAAAAUUGUUAAGAAGUAGACUCUAAGCACUCCCUUUCCCUUUUAGGGAUAGGGGGAGCGACAGUGGAAGAUCCACAGAGGUUUUUGUUUCAUUAUUUUCUUUUCCUGUUUUUUUUUUUUUUUUUUUUUUUUUUAAGAAAAAAGAAAAACAAAAAAAAUGGUUAGGAGACUGAAAGAAAAAUCACACUGUUAUUUUGGGGCAGUGGGGACACGGGCCCCACGGACCUGUCCUGCCUGGCCCCCGAGGCUACACUUACCCUCCCUGCCCCACACGGUGGGCCACUGGGGUAACUGGAAGCUGGGGUGCCAGCAGUUUGCACAGCGAGGCCCCCUCAGCCCCGCCGGCCGGACCCGCUGUGAACGGCUCCCUUGUUGCUGUGACUGUGGCAGAGGCGUCUGAGGUGGGGGCCGAAGUAGCCCCUUGGCUUUGCUGCUUCUGGGGAAAGUUGCACAAAUGG